CUGUAGACUUCGCGAUCGCAAACUUCGUGGCCGAUCAAAUCCGUAACACAUCUAAAAGUUCUUGUCAUCGAUGCAUGAUGACAUCACGAUCCCGCUGGAUGGUCCGACUUGGUUACCACAUGAAACCUUUCCCGAUCGGGUGAGGCUGAUGCGGUCAUGUCAUUAAUCAUGGCGAUCAUCAUUGACCAAGUUGGGAAACCAGCUAUUUUCCCAGUCUAGAGUCUAGCCCAGCCAUUUAUCACUCGCAUCAUGUCACUUUCUCCAUUUCCAACUUUUCCCUCAUUCACCGUCCCACGAUAAAACCGCCGUGUGCUCUGGGAUAAUGGGCUCCACCACACUCACCAACGGAUCUCGCUAUCUAGAUAGCAACAACAAGCUAUCCUCAGCAGGCGCGGCCGCCUCCCUAAAGUACGCCCGGCCUCAAGAUCUCCCCAGCUAUCCCUCCAUCGGCCUUCCCUCCAGCAAAGAUGCGCACGCCGGCGCAGCCGCGAGUCUUGGAUGGGCCAAGCAGAAGCCGGUCGAGAUAUGGAAGCCCGGCCCGACGACAUCAGCUUCAACCGCUGCCACUAUAGGCUGGACGCGCAAGUCAAACCCGCCAUGGCAGCCUCAGCAGAGCGCCAGUGGAGCCCGAGCUGCAGUUUUCGCGGCGAAGUCGGAUCUGAAGGUAGCUGAUCAAAAAGCCGUACCACGCAGCCCGGACUCUGCCGGACUUGGCAAUUCAGCUGCCAACGUGGCGAUGCAGAACGAUAGAAGGAGCAUACAAGCCCCACCGGCCUCGAAUAGGGCCUCGCAGUUGAACAGACAUCGCUCCUUGAUGGCUGCUACCGAAGCAAUGGCAAGCCCCAGGCCACGGGCGGACUCUACCCCUCCACUGGGACCAAAAUACCCCGACGAGAUGAAUGCGCGCGCCAAUGCUUUGCGCGCAGCAACGCACGCGGACACCGCAUCUAGAAGACGGAGAUCUGAGAUUCCACAGGGCGGAGCGACCCCAGUAACUAACAUGGGGAAGGAAAGGUACACCUCACACCCGUCCCAACCCUCGGAAGCCGACCAGAAACAGAAGGAGGAUAGCAUGCACGCCUCGGCGAUCGCGAUGGCCCAGCAGAUGUAUAAGAUUAUAGAGAAGCGCGAGAAGGAAACCGGAGAGGCCGGAUUUGCCGCGACUGCGGCGCAUGGGAGAGGACGGUCUACUUCUUUGAUGAGUGACGAGCCGACGCCCAUGAAAUAUGGCAACCUUCAAGAAGCUGCACAACGGCUUGCUCAAGAGCGCUUGGCGAAGCUUCACGAUGAGAAUUACAAGAACCGGGAGUAUCUCGACUAUUACGGCAGCCCCCAGCCAUCCCAGAGGCUUUCCAAAGGGCGCUUCCGUCGUCGCGCUUCGAGCGAUACAACAGUGGAAGCGAGCCUAGGCCGGAGACGGGACGUCCGGUUUCAAACAGCAGAACCGCUAUACUCAUCCAACCUCUCACAAAUUGACGCCAAAACGAGGCAAAGGGAUCGCGAUAUGCUACUUGCCGCGGCUCAACGCAACGUUCAAAGAAGUCUUCAAGGCAUCGACGAGCGCGUCUAUGCUCAAACAGGGCGACCUACCCCGUCUAUGAUGGGCCAGGAGACAUUGCCCAUGGCAAUUGCCCAGCAGCGCAUGCAACAGCAACAGGUCCCUCAGCAACGAGGGGAUAAGGUAUCUAUUGGACACGGAGCCCUUGUUGAUCGUAGUUCCGUCGACGCAUUAGCAUUCAGGAACGUCCAGCCCGUGUUGCACCAGAUUAAUACUGAGUCUGAUGCCCAGCAAGCACGCCGAACUGAGAUAAAGCUGGACGAGGAAGAGGCAAAGCGUCAGAUUGAUAUGGAAAGGGAGCGUGAGCAGGAGCUCAAGGAAAUUGACAAGCAGUUGAAAGAACAUGACAAGCAGGAGAAGAAGGAAAAGAAGAGCCACAAAAAAUUCUUCAAGCGGCAGAGCAAGCGCUGGUCGAAGCAGAGCAGCAAGAGCAAGAGCACCCAAAGCAGGGAAUCAUACGUGCCAGAGCCGAUGGCCAUGAGCGGGGCAGUUGGUGGUGGAGGUGCCUCUGACAAUGACCGAGUCGCCACCGCUGAAUACGAACCCUCUGUCGAGCGCGCUGAGCCAACUCCUGCAUUCGAGCCCGCACCAGCAGUUCAGCCUGUCCAGCAAGCUCCAAUCACACCACCUAACCAGCACGUUCGAGUCGCAGAGCCAGUUACGCCUGUCGAGCCCGUCAAGCCUGCCCCGCCCACUCUAGCCGUCCAAACUCCCGAGCCUAUCGAAGAGGAGGAUGUCCCCGAGAUCCUCGUCUCCGAGUACACCGACAAAGGCAAGAGUUCACAGCCGUUUACGCGCCUCCAGAAGAGCACGCGGCCGUCGGAGACGUUGGCGACCUCACAGCAGGGAGUCAAGUCGUGGCUGAAGACGGCGUUCCGCCGGACGAGCAAGGGUCAGAAGGAGGAGCUGGAGAAACAGAACGGUGCUGGAGGCCUGUUUGUUGGGGGAGCUUCUCUUGUUCAGCAGCCUGACGGGACGCCGACGCAGGUGGCUACCAAGACGAUGGGUGGUGGCGAUGAGAAUGAGGUUCCUGUAUCGGAGUUCUUGACGAGCACGGAUAGGUCCAAGUACACCCAGGAACAAGAGGGGUCGGCUGCAGGUGGUAGUUUGGUGUCUAACCCGGUGAAGGAAACGGCGGCGCCGAGGGAGGAGGAGGGAUAUGAGUCGGAGGAGGCGAGGGAUCAGUUCAAUGAUGCGGAUGUGGCGAUGCCGAUUUUCAAGAGUUCGAGGCCGUUGAGCCCGGCGCGCGAUUCGAGGUUUAAGGAGGUGAUAUAGGAAGCAAAUGUGUGUAAUUGUAUACUGCUAUAGGAUAUUAGGCUUCGUUGUGAGA